CGGAGCGGGGGGGGGGAGCGGGGAGGGGGGGGGCGGGAGCCGCGGGGAUCCCCCCCCACAGCCCCCCGGGACCCCCGGGACCGGCCCCCGCCGAGCGGCCGAGCCCCAAGGACAAGUGGAGCAACUUCGACCCCACCGGGCUGGAGCGGGCGGCGCGGGCGGCGCGGGAGCUGGACGCGUCCCGCCAUGCCAAAGAUGCCCUCAGCCUUGCCCAGAUGCAGGAGCAGACCCUGCAGCUGGAACAGCAAGCCAAGCUGAAGGAGUAUGAAGCUGCCAUAGAACAGCUGAAGAGUGAGCAGAUUCGGGUGCAGGCAGAAGAGAGAAGAAAAACCCUCAGUGAGGAAACAAAGCAGCACCAAGCACGAGCCCAGUACCAGGACAAGCUGGCCCGGCAGCGCUACGACGAGCAGAUGCGGCAGCAGCAACUCGCUAAUGAGGAGAAUCUGAGGAAGCAGGAAGAAUCUGUGCAGAAGCAGGAAGCCAUGAGACGUGCCACGGUGGAGCGCGAGAUGGAGCUGCGGCAGAAGGCCGAGCUGCAGCGCGUGGAGGCCGAGGCGCGCGCCCGCGCCCGGGCCGAGCGGGAGAACGCGGACGUCAUCCGGGAGCAGAUCCGCCUGAAGGCGGCCGAGCAUCGCCAGACCGUCCUGGAGUCCCUCAAGACAGCUGGGAUGCUCUUUGGGGAAGGAUUCCGUGCUUUUGUGACAGACUGGGAUAAAGUUACAGCCACGGUGGCAGGUCUGACCCUGCUGGCAGUGGGUGUUUACUCUGCCAAGAAUGCCACAGCAGUUGCAGGGAGAUACAUAGAGGCACGUUUGGGCAAACCUUCCCUGGUGAGGGAAACCUCCCGCAUCACCGUGCUGGAGGCGCUGAAACAUCCCAUCAAGGUUGGUCAGCGUCUCACCAGCAAAGCUCAGGAUGCCCUGGAAGGAGUUGUUCUCAGUCCACAGCUGGAAGCACGUGUGAGAGAUAUUGCCAUAGCCACGAGAAAUACAAAAAAGAACAAAAGCCUCUACAGGAAUAUCCUUAUGUAUGGUCCCCCUGGCACUGGAAAGACCCUCUUUGCCAAGAAGCUGGCUGUGCACUCGGGCAUGGAUUACGCCAUCAUGACGGGCGGGGAUGUGGCCCCCAUGGGGCGGGAAGGAGUCACUGCCAUGCACAAGCUCUUCGACUGGGCCAACACCAGCAGGAGAGGCCUCCUGCUGUUCGUGGACGAGGCGGACGCGUUCCUGCGGAAGAGAGCAACAGAGAAGAUCAGUGAAGAUCUUAGAGCAACUUUAAAUGCAUUCCUGCACAGAACAGGACAGCACAGCAACAAGUUUAUGCUGGUUUUAGCAAGCAACCAGCCCGAGCAGUUUGACUGGGCCAUCAAUGACAGAAUAGAUGAAAUGGUGAACUUUGACCUGCCCCAGCUGGAGGAGCGGGAGCGCCUGGUCAGGAUGUAUUUUGACAGGCAUGUCCUGAAACCAGCCACAGAGGGCAAGCAGCGGUUGAAGCUGGCCCAGUUUGACUAUGGGAAGAAGUGCUCAGAGAUUGCCAGGUUGACAGAGGGCAUGUCUGGCAGAGAGAUCUCUCAGCUUGCUGUGGCCUGGCAGGCUGCAGCUUAUGCCUCCGAGGACGGGGUUCUCACCGAGGCCAUGAUCGACGCCCGGGUCGCGGACGCUGUGCAGCAGCACAAACAGAAGAUGGAGUGGCUGCAGACAGAGGCUGCUGAAGCCAGCAAAGGGGCUGGCACAAACCCACUCCUGCCUUUCCAGAAAGGAACACCAGUGUGAGAAGUCUGCAGGCUUCAGACCAGCAUGUGUGGAGCCCUGGGCAUGGGAGAAGGCUGGGAGGGUCUUCUGGGCAGGUGGAAUCAUGUGGUGAGAGAAACGUGUCCGUUGGUGCAAGGAGGGGGGAGCUGGCACAGUCUGCCUUUGAUUGCAUGUUCUUAGGGUGCACCAGAAGGAAAAAAAAAAAAGGUUUAAACAAGGCAGAAGUAACUGGAUUAAAGGACCCCCUUGCUGAAA